AAGCCUGAAUUCUUGCAGCGCAGACCAAGAGUAUUGCGAGUCCUCACGAGCGUCGCGACCACCAACGGGCGCCAGCACCGCGCGAACCGACGACCAAGACGGCGCAUCUUGGCUUGUCUGGGGGCCAGCAUACAUAUGGGAUAUCAGUAACGUGUUAUCGUCGAGAGUCUGCGUGGCUGUCGCCGCGCACGGGCAGGAGAAUUUCAUCUGUGCGACAGCGCGGUCACGUCGCCAUAACGCACAUCCCACGUUAACGGAAUGGACAGAGCCGAGUCAAUGACAGCUGCGUCGACGUCCGAGGGCUCCUCUCACGGAUCAUUGAUCCCGCGACUUCCUGUGGAGGUCUGUGAACGGAUCAUCGACUACAUAGCUGCGGGAUGGAAUACGGAAUAUGUUUUUGAAAAGGGCGAGCCACAUCUGACCGCUCUCAUAUCCUGCGCGCUUGUAUGCCAAGACUGGUACUUCCUGACGUGGUACCAUCUUCGUCAACGCAUACAUCUACGAGACCGGAAGGACGUCCUCUCGCUCUCGAAGACACUCCGCGCAAAACCUCGCCUCCGUGAGGUCGUUCAACAGGUCUUCAUAUCGGGUGGUACUCCCGGGGAGCGGCAACCGAUCCGACACCUGGGGGCGUUUGCCGUUAUGCUCGCCGGCAAGGCUCCGAGGUUGUCGUGGAUCAACAUUGAAGAUGCUGAGUGGACCAUCGGCUUUGUCCGAAUGGAGGACAUCGGCUUCCUAGGGGUGUUCAGCUACAUCAACACUCUACGGAUCUCCAACGUCACCUUGUCGAGCGUCGCCCAGCUGUCCCACCUCGUUUCAGCACUCCCACAGCUUGGGAAAUUAUGGUGCUCCAAUGUUGACUGCUUGCAGAAACAGCACGUCUCCCCGGCCUCCCUCCCACUGAACUGUGCAAAUCUGAAGUAUCUCGAAGUGCGAUGGGUUGCACCAGCAGUCGAAGACCUCUUCGCGCACAUCAGCCGGGCUUCUCGAGUGCGCUUUCUCGAACUUGGGGUGGAUGACGAGUUGGAUCCAUACUCGGCAGCCAGCAGAAGCCAGACUUUGCUGGAUGCGAGUUCCACAUCUGCAGAAACGGUUCGACUCUAUAUCGAUCCCAGUUCUCCUGUUCGUGACGAUGCAAUUGAUGCCACAGUCGGCAGGUUUUCCUAGUUAUCUCCCGAGCCACGUCACUGAUCGUUUCACGCCUACAGAGCGGCAUUACAACCUUUCACACCACGACCACCUGUGGAUGUUGGAGAUCUGGCUGUACCACCCCCUUGCAGAGUGCCCCUGGAUCCCGCAUAU